AUGCAGAUCGAUGAGGAUCCUAGCUGGAAAGACCCAAUUAUUGAGUACCUAGUGAAUGAAAACCUGCCCGAUGACAAGGCCGAGGCCAGAAAAAUCAAGCAGAAGGCUGCAAGAUACUAUAUGACAAGCGACAUGCUUAUCCGCAUAUCAUACUCUUGGCCUCAUCUCACUUGCAUCAAGUACCCACAAACGCUCGAGGUUCUUUGCAGGAUACACGACGGCGAAUGUGGAAAUCACGCGGGGGGCAGAUCGCUUGCUCAAAAGGGUCUCAGCAUCGGCUAUUUCUGGCCUACCAUGCGCCAAGACUCCACGGAGUAUGCUCGAAGAUGUGAUCGAUGCCAACGCUACAAGCCGGUCCCUGGCCUGCCCGCCGAGGAAUACCAUCUGCAGAACAGUCCAUGGCCAUUCAUGCAGUGGGCCAUUGACUUGGUGGGACCUAUGCCGACGGCACCUGCCAAUAAAGAGAUGAUGAUCGUUGCCAUUGAUUACUUCGCCAAUGCAGUGGAUCGAAGCCGAGGCUUUAUCUUCUACUGA